AUGGAUACCCCCGCAUCGGAGAAAACGCAUGUCGACUUCAUGCCGGCUGAUCCGCCAUCCGCGUCUACAUCUUAUGCAAGUUCGGCCGUCGACACGCCUCUUGAAGACGAUGACUACCCCGACGGCGGCCUGCGUGCAUGGCUCGUCGUCUUCGGAUGUGUGUUGUUCUCCGCAAACACACUAGGCUGGGCGUAUGCAUGGGGCGUUGUACAGACAUAUUACCAGGAACACAUUUUCCCCGACACAUCCGAUACGAUUCUGUCCACGCUGGGUAGUGUGUCGGGCAUGGUCAUGACGCUGGCUAGUUUCGUCACCGGCAAGAUUGGAGAUCGUUUCGGAUUCAAGCCCCUUCUCGCGCUGGGAGCUAUAUUCUGGCUAGCAGGCAUGCUUGGCUCAGCAUUUUGCACCGAACUGUGGCAGUUUUUCAUAACGCAAGGCCUACUCCAAGGAAUUGCGAAUGCCCUGAUAUUCCCGCUUGUCGUGUCACUACCGGCACAGUGGUUCCUCAAGUACAGAGCCUUCGCAAUCGGAGUGGUGGUUGCUGGAUGCUCCUUCGGCGGUGCUAUGGCGACUCUCAUCAUGUACAAGAUGUUCGCCGCGCUCGGCCUGAAGAAGACUUUUGCGAUCUACGCCGCUAUGAACGCCGCAUGCUUUAUUGUAGCGCUCAUCCUCAUCGAGGAGAGAAGGCCAGCCUCGAAGCGUCAGAAGAUCGUAUGGAUCGAUAUCACGUUCUUCAAAGACCCUGUAUUCUGGAGCCUUGGUCUCUGCAUUCUCUUCACGGUGUUUGGUUACUUGACACCCAUCUUCCUCCUUCCCACCUAUGUCAUAGAUGUGAUGCCGGGAACAAGCGACUUUUUCUCCGUGCUGCCUCUCAUGCUCCUCAACUUCGGCGCCGCCGCAGGCCGGACAUCCGUGGGGUUCAUCGCCGACCGCAUCGGGCCCGUCAACGCCAUGCUCAUCUCCGUCGGCAUCUCCGGGCUCGCGCAGCUCCUGAUCUGGAACUUCGUCAGGAGCUACUCCGGCAUUAUAGCGUUCGGGAUCAUAUACGGCUUCUUCUGCGGCUGCUUCAUAUCCCUGACGCCCGCCGUGUGCGCGCAGCUGUACGGCUCGGAUCGGCUGGCAGGCCUGUCUGGCAUAACGCUCUUCUUCAAUCUGCCCGGAAACGCCGCCGGGGCGCCCUUGGGCGGCGCGAUCCUGAGCGGCACGGGUGGCAACUGGCACGCGGUUGCCUGCUAUUCCGGUGGUAUGCAGGUGCUCGGUGUGCUCCUGAUGCUCUAUGCUCGCUUCAAGAAAGAGCGCAAACUGUUCGCGGUAUACUGAUCCUCAUUUACAGCAUGACAUAAGACAGGGCUCACGCACAACAUCCAGCGUGACACCUGUGACCGGGCUCGGAGUAGCCAUACGAGGCAGGUAUCGCACUCAACAGGCAGCUGAGCGGCUAUUGCUCUUACACUCGUAAACCUAUAGGAACUUGUGUUUACGAUGGCUGCAAAUCUGCUCGCACAGUUUUGUCCGCAUUACAAUUCCGCAGAUACUGUGCGAAAGAACUUUUUAAAACGGCUGAUCGAAGCUCCAUUAGCUUAGCGCGCCAAUGU